UAUGACACUUUAAUAUCUGGUGGAUCUACUUCUAGAAAAUAAAACCAGCAGUGUUACAGCUUCAUGAACAUUGGCAGUGAAAGAAGCUCUUCUGUACGAAAUAAUCUGCUACCCGAGACGUGCUGAUUUCAGAUAAGGUGCCCAGCUCUUUUCCUCCCAAGUGAGAAGGACAAAGUGGAGAAGAGGCCAGCCGCGGGCGGGACAGCGGAAGCCUGGGCGGCGCCACAGGGACGCCCGCAGGAAGGCGAUGGCGGCGAUGGCGGCGAUGGCGGCGGCCGGCUCCUCGGGCCCGCGGGCCUUUUCCGCGGCCUGGGCCUUCUCCACCUACCAGCCCUUCGAGCCCCGGGCGUGGGGCCUCAGCCCGGGCUGGCGGCUGACGGGCUUCUCGGGCCUGAAGGGCUGAGGCUGCAAGGUCCCGCAGGAGGCGCUGCUCAAGCUCCUGGCGGGACUGAGGUGGCCCCCACCGGGCCGCGGCCUUGGAGAGGUGGCCCGGAGAGCCGGAGACGCGGCCUCCCCAGCCCUGGGCAUCGGGCUGGACGCCUGCGUCAUCCCCUUGAGGCACAGGGGCCUGUCCCUGGUGCAGACCACCGACUUCUUCUACCCCUUGGUGGAAGAUCCCUACAUGAUGGGGCGCAUAGCUUGCGCCAACGUGCUGAGUGACCUCUACGCCAUGGGCAUCACCGAAUGCGACAACAUGUUGAUGUUGCUCAGCGUCAGCCAGAAGAUGAGUGAGGAGGAACGGGAAAAGAUAACGCCGCUCAUGAUCAAGGGCUUCCGGGACGCCGCCGAGGAAGGAGGGACUGCGGUGACGGGCGGGCAGACGGUGGCCAACCCCUGGAUCAUCAUCGGUGGAGUCGCCACAGUGGUAUGCCAGCCAAAUGAUUUCAUAAUGCCUGACGGUGCUGUCGUGGGGGAUGUGCUCGUGUUAACCAAGCCCUUAGGCACCCAGGUCGCUGUCAAUGCCCACCAAUGGCUGGAUAACCCUGAAAGGUGGAGCAAAGUGAAGACGGUGGUCUCCAGACAAGAGGUGGAGCUGGCCUAUCAGGAAGCCAUGUUCAAUAUGGCUACUCUCAACAGAACUGCGGCUGGGCUAAUGCACUCAUUUAACGCCCAUGCCGCCACAGACAUCACAGGCUUUGGCAUUCUUGGGCACGCUCAGAGCCUUGCGAAACAACAGAGAAAUGAAGUAUCCUUUGUCAUUCAUAAUCUCCCCAUCCUUGCCAAGAUGGCUGCGGUCAGCAAGGCCACUGGGCAGUCUGGGCUCCUUCAAGGAACCUCAGCUGAAACCUCUGGGGGAUUGCUGAUUUGUCUGCCAAGAGACCAGGCAGCUCACUUCUGUUCUGAAAUCAAGUCUUCCAAGUAUGGAGGGGUUCACCAAGCAUGGAUCGUUGGCAUUGUGGAAAAGGGAAACCGGACAGCCCGGAUCAUUGACAAGCCUCGAGUUAUUGAAGUCCCACCUCGUGGGGCCACUGCUACUGUUUUCACUCUUGACAAUUCUAGUGCCUCCUCGGAGCCACCUCAUGACAUGAAAUGGCAGAAGUUGUUUGGGCCUUAGAGCCUUUGUACACAAUUGUGGACAAUUCUCAAGAGUUAAUUUUAAGAAAUUGCCUAAGAAGGUUGCCUGCAUAGUGGGUCCAGCUUCCCUUUCUAGGUGAUUUGAAUCAGCCCGUCAAAAGCUGCCUUUGUGUACAUUCCAAGGCCAGAAGUAGCAUUUUGAACUUUGGGGGGACAUUUGUUCAUCUAUGGGUAAAAGAGGAGCAGAAAAACCUGUUUCCUCUUUCCAAAGUAAGAUGAGGUUAUUCCGGUUUGAGGGAUUUUUCUUUGCAUUGGGUUGAUUCACUUCUGCAUAGACGGUGAGAUUAUUAAAAGUGCAUACCCACAUGAAAAAAGUAAAUUGCAAAAUGAAAAAAAUUUAGAUCAGAAGCAAAUGAGUUUGAACCAAUACUGCUGAGAAAUCUAAAUUACUAAGAGAGAUCUGAUAAUGUAAUGUCUAAUUCUUUAUUAGAUUUUUCUGAAGUACUGGCUCUUUCCUGCUCUGGGCAAGAAUUGAGCAGCUUGUCCAGCGACUGGGAAAGGAGGGCCUGCCACCAUCCGACUUGGCCUCUGUUAAUGACGCCUCUCCUUCCAACCCCAUUAAGGACAGGGAGAGGCAGAGCAAAACAAGAGCCCAGGUGUUGGUGGUCAUUACCAUGUUAAAUCUUGUGCUGACAAUUUCUGGUGAUUUAAUCAAUAAAGAGUAAUUUCUAGCUAAAAAUAAUCUCACCCAUUUUGGAACACGGAACCCUCCAACUAUCCUCCUUUUCCUUCCAACGGUUGCUUCUCAUUCUCUCCAUGUGUG